AUGCUCCAAGGUAUAAAAGACCUUUACAACUGUUUUCAUGUCGCCAAAACUUUGCUACCUCCAAAUUUCCCAGCAGUUCUAGAAGCUUCAUUAGAUAUUUGGAAAAAAGACACGAAAGCUGUAUGAAUAGAGAUCCCGAAUUCGCAAUUAGAAUUUGUAAAAGUUUGCAAGGACAAAGGUUUCUACCCUCAUCACGUAUCAGAAAAUGGAAUUAUGAUGGCUAAAUGGCUGCUAGACUCAGAAAAUAAGCUGCCUGGAUAUUCAAGCCAUUAUAUAGGAGCUGGCGGAAUAAUUUUCAGAAAUCAGAAUGAGAUGCUAGGACUAAAGAACACUUAUGAUAAAUUUGGAAAGCCAUUAUGAAGAGUUCCUGGAGGAUUGGUAGAAUCAAAUGAAACAAUAAUGGAAGGAGUUGUCAGAGAAGUUAAAGAAGAAACAGGAAUCGAUACCAGAGCAAUUGGUGUGCUUGGAUUCAGAGAGGUGCUGAAGUUUCAAUUCGGCCAACCUGACAUUUAUUUUCUAGUAUAUCUCGAACCUUUGAAUUUCGAGAUAAAAGAAGAUAAAGUCGAAGUGAUUGACACUUGCUGGAUUCCGUUUGAUAGAUUUAUAAAUGAGACAGCUCAAGGAAUAGCACGCGAUCUAUUGAGAUUUAUGUAUCAAGACAGCAAAGUUCCUCCUCAAGAAUACUUCAGGAAUAUUGCAUUGAGAUAUCAGCCGCAUAAUGUGCAAUAUCCAAACUAUGCUUCUCUGCAGCAUUUUUAUUAUUCUCAAACAAAUUUAAAUAAAUCUUAA